AUGACAAGAAAGGAGAAUGUAGGCAGGCAUGGCUCCACCGAAAGCUCGGGCGCGGAUAGCUGGCGAUCGACCGACACCGUGAAGGCAUUGGGCGGCCGGACUCGAGGCCCUCCCGUGAAGGUGCAGACCACCAAGAACUCCAAGAAUCACAGAGGUGAUAGGGAACCUGAAAUCUCGCCCGGCACCAUCGAUCCCAAGCCAUCGCAGAACUCAAAGUCGAAAAUCGCUCCAUGGGACAACCCCAAGCUCGCGGAGCUUAGUAACUACCGCAAGGACCUCUCCGUAUUAGAGACCUCUGGAGGUCGCAUCCCAGCUAUAUCUCGAAACCCUCCGACCGCAACCUCUCCCGGAAACCACUGGAACUUACCCGUAUCGAACGGGUCAACUGUAAUGCCUUCGAGUGUGUUUGGAAGCUUCUAUAAUGACUCCUCGGAAGAUGUUGGACAGUUGUCUCCAGGCUUCAGACCUGGGAGCGGGAAGGAAGACGCCAUGGGUUUUCCACAAGAUGAUCGGCGGCCGUCUGUUGCGAGUGCAACCACUGUGAGCAGCUCAGGAUCAAAGUCGAGCCUCGGACGGGGAUUCCAUAAACAACUGCGAGGCUUCUUCGGCGAAGAGUUUCCCGGGGACUCUCGCCAGGGGUCCGAUACGAGCUUGCCGACAAGUAAUCAGGUUGGAAACGAGGCCCAAUCGUCCCGCAGUCGCAAUCGGAAUAACUCGGUGAACAACACAAUUGCCAGUAGCGUGAAUAGUAGACCGACUUCUCCCACCAGCUCGCGGCCAAGGACUCCGUUGCCGUCAUCAGAGGUGACGCCGUGGGAGUUCCAGGACUUCAAGGUGGACUCGCCCUCGCAGGGCGAGAGCGAUCGAUACUCCUCCGAGCAGCAGUCCAAUAAAUCUGGCAAGACCUCUCACAAGCUACGGCUUCCUGGCCAUCGACACAACAGGAGUAAGGAUGAUUCAAACCCCUCGGAACCAAGGGCAGAGAUCAGCCAACCGUACCCUCUACGACCGGUCACCAGCCGCGAGGAAUCUUCGUUAAGUGUACGACGGGCGGAGCAUCAAGCCCCCUUCUCGCUCAGCGCUGCCCUAACCUCGAGGACCAACAUUGCCCCGCGCUCAUCCAGCCCGACACCAAGCUCCGUCAGCGAUAUGAGCCGGGACACGGUCACUCAACGCUCGCCAAUUACUACGAAAGGGCCUCGCUCGAUCCUUGAUAAGCUCAGACGGAAAGAGAAGGGUGACCGUCUUGGUCCAGACUCUUUGCGAGACCUGGGCUCGUCUCAAACAUCUCUCCAAGCGCCUUCAACUAAACCUGCAAAACUUCCCAGACCGGAGCUUCCACAUGUACCGAGUGGUGGCAAGAAAAAAGGAGGAAUUGUGGAACUUGCCCAACGCGACAAGGGACUGGGGAACGGGAAGGAGGGCACAAAGAAAGAACAUGGCCGGUUACCGUUCAAGACUAAGCGCACGCCCACUCAACCCGAAGUGCCGCGCGCGAAAGAUCUCAAUGAAGCCAGGGCGGAUCCGGACGGAAACGAUGCGCUCUUCAAACUGGACACCGAUCUCGACCACAUGGAAGGCAUCAUUAACCUGCAACAGCCGCCCAUGACUCCACCCACGACUGAAAUAUUUACCGGCUGGCCCGCAGAAGAUACCACCGCCGAGGAAAAGAAGGAACCGGAAGGCGUAAAUGGGGUAUGGGAUGCGCCAGAUUCGUGGGCUGUGCGGCGUGUCGGGGACGAGAACAUUGGAAGGCUGCGAGAGCUCGACGAGAAUGGUGAUCUUCCAAAAGAUGAAGGUGCUGGACCUGCUUACUGUGUGCGAAUCUUCCGGGUGGAUUCCACCUUUGCGGUCUUGAAUCUCCCUUUGAAUACGACUGUAUCGGAGAUGAUUCAAACCUUGGGUAGGAGAACGUUCCUCCAGGAUGAUAUUGACAAUUACCACAUCAUCAUGAAGAAACACGACUCUGCGCGGCAAUUGGAUCCCCAAGAGAGACCGCUAUUCAUUCAGAAACGACUGUUAGAACAGGCUGGGUAUUGCGAGACGGAUCGACUCGAAGAAGUAGGUAGGGAAGAUAACAGCUACCUCUGCCGAUUUACCUUCGUCCCUGCGAAGAUGAGCGGAUACUCUAGCCUAGAGAAGGAUCCUGGUUUUGGCAAAUUGUCGAAAUUCAGCCACAUCGACCUCGCAGGACGAAACCUCGUAACCAUCCCGAUUACCCUAUACCAGAAAGCCACUGAAAUCAUUUCUCUCAAUCUCUCACGAAAUCUCUCCCUUGAUGUACCAAAGGACUUCAUUCAAGCGUGCACAAACUUGCGCGAGAUCAAAUAUACCAGCAACGAGGCAUGGCGGCUCCCACCAAGCUUGAGUCUAGCAAGCAGGCUCACUAUGCUGGACAUUUCGAACAACCGAAUAGAACAGCUCGAGCAUGCUGAUUUACAUAAGCUGGCGGGAUUGCAGGGCCUUCGACUAUCGAACAACAAACUGACACGCCUACCAAGCUACUUCGGCCAAUAUCGGUCUUUGAGAAGCCUGAACUUAUCAUCCAACUCCCUGACCGAGUUCCCAGACUUCCUCUGCGAAGUCAGGACCAUUGUGGACCUUGAUAUCAGUUUCAACUCAAUCUCCACCCUGCCAAAGAUUGGCCAACUCACUUCUUUAGAAAGGCUCUGGGCAACUAACAACAAGCUAUCCGGCAGCUUUCCUGCCUCUUUGAGCAACCUUGCGAGCCUCCGAGAGAUUGAUGUCCGAUUUAAUGCUCUUGAUAGCAUCGACGUCAUGUCGACACUACCGCGCUUGGAGUACUUGAUGGUCGGUCACAACUCAAUCUCCGCGUUCGAAGGCUCUUUCCCAAAGAUUCGAGUCCUGCAUAUCAAUCACAAUCCUGUCACGCGUUUCGGUAUGAACGCACCGGUACCCACACUGUCAAUCCUGAAUCUCGCAUCCGCGAAACUGUCACACCUACCUGAGGAUCUCUUUCAAAAGAUCUCCGGACUGACCAAGCUCAUUCUUGACAAGAACCAUUUCACGUCUCUAUCAACUCAGAUCGGUCGACUUUACAGACUUGAACACCUCAGUAUUGCCCGCAAUUCCCUUGACGAAAUCCCCGCGGAAGUUGGAAGACUUGCUGAACUUCGCUAUCUCGACGUCCGCGAGAACAACCUCGCAAAACUUCCACAAGAGCUCUGGCAUGCUCGAAGACUAGAGACAUUGAAUGUAUCUUCCAACGUCUUGGAAGCGUUCCCAAAACCCGGAGCACCACUACCCUUCACUCCGGGUGACGUGCCUGGGCAUCUCGACGGCACCACUCCAGCGUCAACCCCCGGAUUGACCACCAGCCCCAGCUACGAGGAGCUCGGGAAAUUAGAGGCUUUUGCUGCGCGACGUCCCAGUCAGGCCUCCGCUGGGUACCUUGGCACCUCACCUAGCUCUACAAGAAAAGGAUCAAUGGCCUCAGCUUCGUCUUUCGGGACUGUUGGAACAAGGAAAGCAUCUGUAGCCUCCCGAGCAACCGAGGGCACCAUUACGCCUGUAUCAACAGGAAUGUCGCGCAAGGACUCAAGCCUCUCGAACAGGAUGAUAACCACGUUUGCGGGUUCACUUCGCCAUGUAUUUCUUGCCGAUAACAGACUUACGGAUGACGUAUUUGACGAACUCGCUCUGCUUCCGGAGCUGAGAAUAGUCAACCUCUCCUACAACGCAAUAUACGACAUCCCUCCACGCACCAUUCGAAGAUGGCAACAUCUGGCCGAACUUUACCUCUCAGGAAACGAUCUGAGUUCCUUACCCGCGGAAGACCUAGAGGAAGUCAGUUCGCUCAAAGUUCUUCAUAUCAACGGAAACAAAUUCCAGGUUCUCCCCGCAGAGCUUGGAAAGGUCGCUAAACUUACUAUUCUGGACCUCGGCAGUAAUCUGCUAAAGUACAAUGUUUCUAAUUGGCCAUAUGAUUGGAACUGGAACUGGAACCAUAAUCUCAAAUACCUCAACAUGUCAGGCAACAAGCGCUUAGAGAUCAAGCCUAGUGGCAAUUUCCAUGGUGGCAGUCAAAGCUUGCGGGAAGGCAAAGAUCUUACCGAUUUCACUUCCCUCUUGAAUUUGCGGGUGCUCGGCCUCAUGGAUGUGACGAUGAUGGUUCCUUCAGUACCGGAGCAGACGGACGACAGGAGGGUAAGGACCUCUGGCUCAACUGUGGGUACAAUGGCCUAUGGCAUGGCCGAUAGCCUUGGUCGGAAUGAGCACAUUUCGACGAUGGAUAUGGUUAUUCCAAGGUUUCGAAGCCACGACGAUGAGACUAUUGUUGGUCUCUUUGAUGGCCAACCUCUUUCAAAUGGAGGAUCCAAGAUUGCCAAGUACCUCUACGACAACUUCAAGCACCGAUUUGCUGAAGAGUUGGAUCGGCUACGCCCUCAAGAGGAUGCAGUAGAUGCUUUGCGACGCACCUACCUGGGGUUGAACAAGGAGCUCGCAACUGCGGCAUCGGCAUCGCUGGAAGCUCGGAGCCAGACAAUCUCUCCUAUCGCACACCGCGGCUCCAUAUCAAUGCCAGAACUUGGAGAUGAUGACCUCAACUCCGGUAGCGUUGCCACAGUCCUAUACAUCAAAGAGAUGGAACUCUUCGUGUCAAAUAUUGGUGACGCGCAGGCACUUUUAAUUCGAUCGGAAGGAGGUCAUCGUAUCCUCACUCGCAAACAUGAUCCCGCGGAAACGAGUGAGCGGAACAGGAUCAGGGAGGCCGGAGGCUUUGUUUCUCGUCAAGGAAAGCUGAACGACUUCCUGGAGGUUUCACGCGCCUUUGGCUACGUACAGAUGUCACCAUCUGUUAUUGCCGCCCCUCACAUUACACGGAUCACGAUUAGUGAGAACGACGAAAUGGUGCUGCUGGCCUCCCGGGAACUUUGGGAUUAUCUCACGCCCGGAUUCGCGGUCGAUGUCGCGCGCUCUGAGCGAGAUGACCUGAUGCGCGCAGCGCAAAAACUCCGCGAUCUUGCCAUCGCAUUUGGUGCAACAAAUAAGAUCAUGGUUAUGAUCCUCGGAGUCCGAGAUUUGCAACGUAGUAGACAACGCGCUCGAUUCCGAACUCACAGCAUGUCAAUGGGACCGUCUGGUACUCCAGACGACACCUAUGGCUUGACAAGGAAGACAGCUAAGAACAAAAAGGACAAAGUCGGGGAUUCGGGCCUUGCAAGACUAGAUCAGGAGGUAGAUGCACCAACCAACGAGGUCAGCUUGGUCUUCACCGAUAUUAAGAACUCGACUAUUCUCUGGGAGACUUACCCGAGCUCGAUGAGAUCUGCGAUCAAGAUGCACAACGAAGUCAUGCGCCGCCAGCUGCGGAUUAUUGGCGGUUAUGAGGUCAAGACUGAAGGUGAUGCCUUCAUGGUUGCUUUCCCGACGGUCACAUCGGCUUUGCUUUGGUGUUUCACAGUUCAGAGCCAGCUUCUAGACGUUCAAUGGCCACAAGAAAUCUUGACUAGUGUGAACGGACAAGAGGUGGUCGAUCCCGAUGGCAACAUCAUUUUCAGAGGUCUUUCUGUCCGAAUGGGCAUCCAUUGGGGCCAGCCAGUGUGCGAAAUUGACCCUGUCACGAAGCGCAUGGACUAUUUUGGUCCUAUGGUCAACAGGACAUCUCGCAUCUCUUCUGUCGCCGACGGUGGCCAGAUCACCGUGUCGUCAGACUUCAUCGCUGAGAUCCAACGUCUUCUAGAAACGCAUAUCGAAACAGAUCGUACCGGCUCGACUGGCUCCGAAGAUACUAUUAACGAAGACUUGAUGACCCUCGCUGUUCGCCGUGAACUACGCUCCCUCAGUAGCCAAGGAUUCGAAGUCAAAGACUUGGGAGAACGGCGCUUGAAGGGUCUCGAAAAUCCAGAAUACAUCUACCUCAUGUAUCCACAUGCCUUGUCCAGCCGUCUUCUUGUUCAGCAACAGCGCGCCGAAGCCGCAGAGAAUGCUUCCGAGGGUGGCGCCGCAGGUACCAAGAUGCGAGACAGCCAGCUUACCAUCGACACGGAGCACGUGUGGGAUCUUUGGAACGUCAGCCUAAGGCUCGAGAUGCUGUGUAGUGCUCUCGAGAACCCCGGAUCUACGCAGCUGAAGCCGCCUGAGACACAACUGCUGGAGAGGAUGAAGAACCGGGGUGGCGAGAUCACGGAUCGAUUCUUGAUCAACUUUGUCGAGCACCAGAUUUCGAGAAUUGAGACCUGCACAACCACCCUUGCCAUCCGUCACCUGGUCCGCCCCUUCGGCUCCAGCCCACUGCUCCAGCAAGCUUGUCCCAUGCAAGAUAUCUUCGUCGAGCUCCAAAACUCGAUGAAGGAGCUUGCGGCUUUCAAAGCGGAAGCUGAGUUCCCGAUGGCACCCUCAUGA